AAAUAUACAUUUAUGUCUACAUUGCAAAAUAUUUUGUAGAAAUGCCUCUAAUGUAUUUAUCUACUCGAAUGAAAUAAUUUUUUGAUUGUUGAAUAACUAUAAAUAUAUAUAUAUUUGCAUAUGGAUGUUCCUCGUAUAAAAGUUAAUUGAAACAAAACCGCGUGGACCGACAUACACAAACAUAAAUAUAACUGUUGAUGUAAAUUGAUACGUUUAAACAUUAAAGUAUAUUUCACUUAAAAAAUCACAAGUUUACCGAAAACACAUUUAAUGUGGGUAAGGUGGAGAUCAACCUGUUGAUCCAUUUGUGAAUAAAGUCAACGUUCUUGUCUAUUUGUUGAAAAUAGCAUGUUAAUAAGAAAUAAUACACAUAAAUAAGUGGUAGAAUGGAAAGUCCCACGAGAGCUAUCUCUUAAACCAGAGCUGAGAAUACAAGCUGAUAAAGAAAAAGCUCUAGUGGGACUUUCGAUUGCCAGCCAUAUCAGGUUAAUUUCACUGAAUUUAAUUUGUAAAAAGGCCAUAGUCCUUGACCAAGUUAAGUUAAGUUCUGUAAAUGAUUUAUUUAUUUUAAAUAUCAAAAAUAAAUAACUCUGGUUUAUUUGAUAAUGCGAUGCACUUGACUUGCUUCCAUUCGCAUGGAAACCGGCUUCCCAUCUAGCAGUUCGCGAAAACAAGUUUUGUGCGCCUAAAAAUAAACACAAAGUUAUGCAGGGUGUCUUAAUUUGAUAGGCUUCAGUUUUAGUUCAGAUGCUGUCUAGAUUGGUUCUACUUUCCGCUCUACUCGUCUUCCGUGUAGGACAAACAAAAGACAUACAGGAAUGUGAGCAGAUAUCACAUCAAAACUAUGAGUGCCGCGAGAUUGAAAACUUUGAGCAACUAAGCCAGUAUAUACAAGAAGAUUGGCAGAGUGUAAAUGUUGUUAACGAGCACACUGGAAUUGAAAAUGAUGAUAAGCCACUCCCCAAGCUGUCUAAACUGCUUCAAUUGGACCUGUCGCAGUCUGGAGGUAUGACGCUGGGCAGGUAUGGGUUCAGAAAUUUCGCAUCGCUGCAGCGACUCAACCUAACCCACUGUCAACUGGAAGAGUUGCGGUCAAAGCACUUUGCUGACAAUGCAAGCCUGCUCAAUUUGGAUGUCAGCCACAAUGACUUGCUGAUCAUUGAACGUGCUCUAAUGAGACAGUUGCCAAAUCUUGUCUAUGCCAACUUCUCAAACAACUUGAUAGCCAACGUAGAGUUCGAUGCCUUCAAGGACCUUAAAUACCUGGAGUUCCUGGACCUCAACACCAACGAGCAGGAGAACAUCACCCUAGGCUCCAAUGCCAAUCUGCGUUAUUUGUCCAUCAGCAACAACAAUGUGAGAGAUUUUCUUUGGUGCCGUCUGCGCGGGCUACCUAAGUUGCAGGAGCUGCAUUUGCACAGUAAUUGGCUGGAGGUCCUGGACAUGGGCAUAUUUUAUGCGCUGCCUGAGCUGCGCGUGCUCAACGUGUCCAAUAACAAUAUCUAUGAAAUUCAGCGAAAUUUAUUCGUGGGUCCGGCUCCUGAUGUUUAUCCAUUGCUUCGUGUGCUCGACUACAGCUCCAACAAUGUAAAGGCUCUGGAGGAUUAUGUGUUCAGCAGGCUGCAUCAUCUGGAAACACUAAACCUCUGGUUCAAUCAGAUCAGCAAGGUCUCUCCAACUGCCUUUCGGGGCUUGACUGAGUUACAAUCUCUGCAGCUGCAGGGCAACAAAAUCGUCCAGUUACCCGAUGAAGUCUUUGGCAAUUUGACGGCCUUGCAGGUGCUGGACUUGAGCAAGAAUAACAUAAGGCAACUGGGUGCCAAUGUUUUUGGCGGCUCUGUCUUAAGAAAUCUAAGUUUUCUCGAUCUGAGCAACAAUAACAUUGACCAACUGCAUCCGCUGGCCUUCUCCUCACUGCCCUUCCUACAGGAGCUGCGACUGCGGCGCAACAAGUUGACUUCACUGGACAUUCGCAUGUUUGCGCCGCUGCGUCGACUGCGGGUGUUGACUCUGAGUGAGAACAGGCUAAUGGAUAUCGAGGCUGAUUUGCUAAGUACCUUCGACAAGUUGACUGAGCUGCAAAUCAAUAACAAUCAGCUGACAUAUCUGCCUGUGCUGGAGGAACAGCUUCUGUCGCAGUUGCGCCACAUCAGCAUCGAGGGUAAUCCCUGGCAGUGCCUGUGCCUGGACGAGCUAACCAACUGGCUGCACGCACGCCUUGUUAGCUAUGCGACGAUUGCCAGCGACUAUUACAAGGGCCGGAAACCGCUCUGUAUAGUCACGCCCAUGGAACAAUGCGUGAGGAACUUGGAGGCGGUGUGCGAGCUCGGAAUUGUCGAGAGCUCCGAGCAGAUUUGAGGCGGCAAAGCAGCAAUAAAUCAAUAGCACUAAA